CAGGUCAGCAAUGAGUCAUGGAGAAGUCGACUUGAUAUUGAUCAAGCUCUCAGCCUGUGUCAGGUUGUAAAACACUCCAUUCAGAGUUGCUGAUCUUGGACUGAACCCAGAGUCAUAUUGCUCAGAAGUUAGUCAUCGUGUUUCACCAAACUUUUGUUGGCUACACUUAAAGAUUUUAACGGAGCUGUGCCAUCAAAUACACAAUUGAAAAGGCAAUACUGCUUAGAGGAAAAUUGUCAGAUGCAUCAGCCAUAAUUACAAAAGCGUUGUUUUUUGGCUUGAGACUUGUUAGCACUGAAUGAACAAAAGUUACCAUGCUUUUGAUUAUAUCCAUUGAUUUCUGGGAAUGAGACAAAAUGUAAACUGUGAUAUUUAUAGUGAGUUGAUAAACAAUGGGAAGUAACCCUUCAAGUCAUAAGGACUCUGGUGAGUCCGCGAGAGAGGAAGGAAGCACUGCAAGGGAUCAUUCAAGCACGAUGUAUCCCACUUCACUUCAUGGACACCUAGGAGAUGAGGUCUUAGAACCUCCAAGCCAAACGUUGCCAUCUCCUGCAAAAGUGGACAAAGUGAAAAAGAAGAAGCCCCCAAGCUUUUCCUCCUUAAAGAGGAGAAUUGUGAGAAGAAAGACUGCUGGUAAGUUUCAGGAUCAUGCUCGUUCUAUACGGGAUCUCAUAGUAACAUGGAAUCCUCUGGAUGUUUGCUCACUUAUCGAGGAAUACGAUGCUCUUGCAGCUCUCAAGGAGAUCACCAUUCAGACAGACUUGGCUAGGACAUCAGCAUCACCACUGAAAAAUGAUCUGUUGCAGCUUUUUAAUAGUAAAAACUGUGCAGAUGUGAAUUUGCUUUACAAAGGAUCAACAUUCCCAGCUCAUCGUGCCAUACUUUCUGCGAGAUGCAGUUUCUUUAGAGAACUCUUACGGAGAAACCCAACCGUAGGUGCAGAGGUUCCAGUGGACCUUGGUUGGUCGGGGGUAACAGUGAACAUGUUUGCUUCAUUACUCAGAUACCUGUAUACGGGAGAGUUCAACACCCAAGAUUCGCAAUUAGAAAACUUUGAUGUAUUGAUCCGAUUAGGAGAGCGAUUUGGAACGCCGAAUGCACUUGAGCAUGACUUCAGGAUGUUACUGGAUACAGGCAAUUAUGGAGAUGCUGCACUUGUGUUUUCUUGCGAUACUGAAUCAGUUGGAGUAACUCGUGCUGUGGAGGCAUCGAGGACAUCUGUUGGGAGUUCUGUUAAGUGCCAUAAAGCUAUCUUGUCCGCAAGAUCACCAUUCUUUCGGAGUGUUCUCCAGAGGAGACACCAGCAGAGCAGUGACUCUACUACAAGGACGUUGCCAAGCAUUACACCCAUUGUACUUGAUGAGUCAGUCAUACCCAAGAAGUAUGUUCAUGUACUGUUGUAUGCCCUUUAUCAGGAUGUAGUGGAUUUAAGCCUUGUCUUGCCAGACAGUCCUAGUGUUGGAAGCCUUGGAGAAGCCCAAGCUAUGGCAUCAGGAAGGACACCACUUACCAAGGUUGAACAGGCCAUGGAGUUGUAUCAGAUCGCAAGAUUCCUUGAUUUUGCAACUAUGGCUCAUGCUUGUGAGGACAUCAUAGCACGGAGUAUCACCACAGAGAACCUUGUCUCCAUCUUGACUUGGAGUCUAGAACCUCAUGGAUCUCACUGGGUACAUCGGCAGGCUCAGCAGUAUCUACAGGAGGAGUUUGCUGCUGUAGCUGCGUCUCCGGUCCUCUUUGAGCUCCGGGAAUCACAACUCAUUAUGGCUCUCAAGUCAGACUUUCUUCAGGUUGCAGAAGCAGAUAUUUUGAAAGCAGUAGUAAGAUGGGGAGAAUACCAGCUCAUAAAGAGAAUGGAAGAAAGAGAACCGAAUCUAGUGAGCCACACCCAACACAGUGUGAGUAGAAAGGGUAUCAAGAGAAGAGACCUGGAUACUGGUGAAUUAAGAGAGAUCAUCAGUAGUCUACUACCACUCGUCAGACUGGAACAUAUCAUUCCCAGGGAACAUGAGGCUUUAACAAGUGCAGUGAAGAGAGGUCUGAUCCCUACCCCGCCCUCUCACAUGCUAUCUGGUGAUGAACUAGCCAAGUUUAACCCCUGGGUGAGGGGGAAGGGCAGACGGUUCUACCCUAGACCAAGGUUAUUCACUCCGUAUGUAGAGGAAGCCAAGUGUUUCCUGGAAGAGCCGGUCGUAUCAGAUAUGGAGUCGGACCAGAGAGGAAUACGUAUGUCUUAUGUGCCUGAUGCUUUAUACAUGCUAGAGGAGAGAGGAGGGGGGUGUUCAGACCGAUGGGUUAGCAGGGUCAGGCAAUACCCUCCCUCAGUCAUUGCUGGCUCAUUCCCAGGUAAGUGUGAACACAUUCUUAUUUAAUCUUACUCAUAUUUGGGGGUGUUUCACGAGUAGGUAAGUGUGACUUAAAGUUGUCUCAAGGUGCCAACGUGCACAUGAUAUUAAAUGUAAUUUCAUUGAGUGAGUAACACUGAGCAUGAUCAUACCGAUUCAGGUGAUGCGUCUUGUACCGCACACAACUUGGAAGUUAAGUGCGACUGAAGUCACGCUGAAAUCUUUAGGUAACCCCCCCCCCCGCCCCCCCGAUUUAUGCUAUUCUAAUUGAUAUGUAAAAGGUUCAGCUCUUAUCGUCCUCUAGAUUCACUCUCGGCCGAGUGUGAAUAGGAUGGAAUUUCAUUGCAUAUAAGGAGAUCUGGGGACCGUUUCAUAAAGCUGUUAGUAAGCUACACACAGAUGACUCUAUUUUCUUUAUGAUAUACCCCAUAUUGUCCCUGGAAUUUCAAGAAAUAAAAUAAACUUUGCCUUUAUAUGCUUGUUAACAAGAAUUAAAAUUGAGCGUGCUUUGGAAUCGCUCUCGCAACUGCCUAAACUGCCAAGUACCGAGCGACUCCCAACAUGAAAAUCGCUCCCGUCCAGUCUCUCAAUUACGACUACAUAUAUUAGUAGUCAGACAGCCAAGCCAGUGCAGCUGCAGUUUUUACUUUCAUGCAUCAUCGCAUUCUGACGUGUAACUGAGUGGAUUUUUUAAAACCACGGGCACGGCGCUUCAGAAAAAUGGGUAUAGAGUUUCAAGCUCUCGAUGUCCCUUGUACUAUUUUUCAAAACGCUGCGUGGCACCAGGUCUCGCCGUAACUUUGAGAGCAAGAAAUUUUCUUUUCUAUUGGAUUAAUUUUAUAAGAUACUAUCCUGAAUUUGCAAGAAAAUAAGAUCGUGAACUCUGAAGAAAAUCACAGUUUUUUAAUUUCGGAGAGUCCACUUCUCAAAUAUAAACUAUGCCACUUGGUGCUCUGGAAAUUUGGCGCAGAUCCCGCAAUAUUCAGACCAAAAUUAGGAUUUUCUGUGGGGAUAUUUGGUGAGUAACAGUCAGUGCCCGAGUGUAUACAUGUAUUGGCGCUAAUGCAGUUUCAUACCCGCCUGUGUUGCGGGGAUGAUUGACUGUGAGGUAACUGAGCUGUGUGUUGCGGUGAUGAUUGACUGAGAGCUGUGCUAUGUUCAGUGGCUGAGCUGCGCUAGCGUAGGCAGCUCCUAGCUUGAGAAAUAAUUGACAUGGUGACGUUAGCUGUCAGGUUGUGAUUGCAUUGAAUGCAUUCAAUAUUUCAUAAAAUAAUUUUCAAGUGAGUUUUUAUCAAAAAGUAUUUAUGAACAGGAUUCCUCUGAAUACAAAUUCUGUUCAAAUUUGAUGAAUUUCAUCCUUUUCAAUUUGAUCGACAAAAUUGUAUAUUAAAAAAAGAAGUUAGGACAAGUAAUGAGAUACAAACAAGAAUUAGAUCUACAUGUAAAUGGACAACAAUAAAGUAAAUAAUAAUUCAACAAUAACAAUGAAGAAAAAAUAAAUAGCAAUUAAAUAAACAAUGUUUAACUUUAUAUAAAUUUGUAAACAAGCAGGAAAAACUGUGAUGCGAAACCAUGCGCUGAAUCGUUUUUUAAAAAUGGCUCUCAAAAACUGAAAAUAGCUCUCGUAAAAUGAAAAAUGGCUCUCCUUUAUUGUUCAAAAUGGCUCCCUAAAAAUAAAAAGUAAUUUCAACACUGGUAGGU